AUGGCUGGCCAAAAUGCGCGUUUGAAUGUGGUUCCAACUGUUACAAUGCUCGGGGUUAUGAAAGCUCGUCUUGUUGGAGCAACAAGAGGUCAUGCGCUUCUCAAGAAGAAGAGUGAUGCUUUAACUGUUCAGUUUAGGGCACUUCUCAAGAAGAUCGUUACAGCAAAGGAAUCAAUGGGAGAUAUGAUGAGGACCUCGUCUUUUGCUCUUACCGAAGUCAAGUAUGUUGCUGGUGAUAAUGUCAAGCAUGUUGUACUAGAGAACGUUAAAGAAGCUACGCUGAAAGUUCGUUCCAGGACAGAGAAUAUCGCUGGGGUGAAGCUGCCUAAGUUUGAUCACUUCUCUGAAGGCGAGACCAAGAAUGACUUAACCGGUUUAGCUAGAGGUGGUCAACAGGUCCAAGCUUGCCGUGUGGCUUAUGUGAAAGCCAUUGAAGUUCUAGUUGAGCUUGCUUCUCUCCAGACUUCGUUCUUGACGCUUGAUGAAGCAAUCAAGACGACUAAUCGCAGGGUCAACGCUCUAGAGAAUGUGGUGAAACCGAAGCUGGAGAAUACGAUUAGUUACAUCAAGGGAGAGCUUGAUGAGCUCGAGAGAGAGGAUUUCUUCAGGUUGAAGAAGAUUCAAGGAUACAAGAGGAGGGAAGUCGAGAGACAGGCAGCUAAUGCUAAGGAGUUUGCUGAAGAAAUGGUUCUUGAAGGAAUCUCUAUGCAGAGAGGUAUUUCGAUAAACGCUGCACGUAACUUGCUUGCUGGUGGUGGUGCAGAGAAAGAUGCAGACAUUAUUUUCUGA